AUGUCAAAGUUUGUGUAAAUGUUAUUGUAACUGUAAGGACGGUAAGGUUCAAUUCCAAUUACCUCUUCCACUUCGUCGGCACCACCACUUACCUCUGUCGUCUCGUCGGUGGGGUUUAUUGUUAAUUCUGGUGCAGUCCAUCCGCGUGUUCCGCAUAAAACUGGUCAAAGUCAACUCUACAGCACAACAUACUCAAAACAGCCGCCUUCUUAUAGUAUUUUUUAAUACUCUAUUACUUUUUUUCUUUCUAUCAUCACAUUUCAAUUUUAUAGGCAGGGAAUCAAAUUGAAAGAAGCAAUUUUAGAGAGAGAAAUGAAUGGGGUGACGGUGCCGGAGAGUGACGAGUAUAAUGGUGCGGCGCCGGCGAUGCUGCGGACUUACCAAACCUGGAAAGGCAGUAAUAUAUUUUGUCUCGGGGGAAGGUUGAUUUUUGGGCCAGAUGUAAGAUCAGUCUUUCUAACAAUAGUUCUGAUAGUUGCUCCUAUCUCUGUUUUUUGCGUCUUUGUUGCAAGAAAACUGAUGGAUGAUUUUACUGGCAAUUGGGGAAUUUUAAUUAUGGUUGUAGCCGUCAUUUUCACGCUAUAUGCGUUAGUUCUUCUCCUCCUAACUUCUGGGAGAGAUCCUGGUAUUAUUCCUCGCAAUGCUCAUCCUCCAGAACCGGAAAGUAAUGGUCACCCGGAACAUGGGCCUGGUCAAACACAACAUUUGCCUCGCAUAAAAGAUGUAAUCGUUAAUGGAGUUACUGUGAAGGUCAAAUAUUGUGAUACGUGUAUGCUAUAUAGGCCUCCACGCUGCUCUCACUGUUCAAUUUGCAAUAACUGUGUGGAACGAUUUGACCAUCACUGCCCCUGGGUUGGACAAUGUAUUGGAUUGAGAAACUAUCGGUUCUUCUUCAUGUUUGUCUUCUCAACAACUCUUCUUUGCUUUUACGUUCAUGCCUUUUGCUGGGUGUAUAUAAGAAGGAUAAUGGAUAAUGAACACACCUCAAUAUGGAAAGCAAUGGCCAAGACCCCUGCCUCCAUUGUACUAGUUAUUUAUACAUUUUUAGCAGUCUGGUUUGUUGGUGGCCUUUCAAUUUUCCAUCUCUACCUCAUCAGUACAAACCAGUCGACGUAUGAGAAUUUUAGAUAUCGGUAUGACAGACGGGAUAACCCGUAUAAUAAAGGAGUGGUUCAAAACUUUAUGGAGAUAUUCUGCAGCAGUAUGCCUGCAUCCAAGAACAAAUUCAGAGCAAAGGUGAUGAAAGAACCUGCCUUACAACCUUCAGUAGUCAACAGUUUUGCUGUUCAAAACUUGAGAAGCCACUUAAAAAUGGAAAAAAUCGAAGACGACAGAGAAAUCGGAAGGAAGCCAGGGUGGAAUGAGGCGUUAGCUAGUGAAAGUGAAUAUCAAAGACAUUAUAGACCCAAGGACAGUGAAGAUAAAGAUGCUGAGCUUGAUGUAGCAUCCUCAGAGCUAAGCAGAGUUACUCGUUCUGAGACAAUAGAUGGACGAAGGCGAUCUAGUUGGGGAAGGAGAAGUGGGAGCUGGGAUAUCUCGCCCGAAGUAUUUCCUAUGGCAUCGGGAGCUGGAGACUCCAAUCGGAUAACUCUUGCCAAUAGCUAGAACUUGACAAAAAACUGGCAAUAGCAUGUUAAUGUUGCUGUAAAUUGAACUGGAGAAAAUGACACAAAGGUAAAGAGACCAGAGAAUGAUAAUAGUGAGGUGCUUGCAAUUGUUUCCAUUGGAACAUGCUGUUCCCAACGGUAUUGAAGUGUGCUAAUGUGCAUAUAAUGUAUUCAUUUCUUAAGAGAAUCCAGUUGCUUUGUAAUUCGCCAAAUGUACGUGUGCCUACACACAUAUACCUAAUUUUUAAUGUGACAAUCUCUCUUAUCACAGAGUUUUGAGAA